AUGGAUCUUGCACAGUUGGCAGAACAAGGCCAGUGGAAGUUGGUGGAAACAGAAAAACGAGGUAAAGUGUUUCUAAUUGCUAUCAACCGACCUGCUAAUCGUAAUGCAGUCGACCACGAAACUGGAGAACAACUUUGCAAUGCUUUUGGGGAUUUUGAAUCCGACGAUGAGGCAUCUGUUGCAGUGUUUUAUGGCAAACAUGGCAACUUCUGUGCUGGUUAUGAUCUCAAAGAACUAGCAUCAAUGGAUCCAAGUACCCUCAAACAUUCAUCUGUCAAUUACGCACCAAUGGGUCCAUCAAAGACUGUCUUCAGUAAACCAGUUAUAGCUGCCAUCAGUGGAUAUGCAGUCGCUGGUGGUCUGGAGUUGGCAUUGAUGUGUGACAUGAGGGUCGCAGAGGAGGAUGCCAUCAUGGGAGUCUUCUGCCGGAGGUUUGGGGUUCCUUUAAUAGAUGGUGGCACUGUUCGGCUUCCUUAUCUAGUAGGCCUAUCUAGGGCAUUAGAUCUGAUUUUGACUGGCAGGCCAGUGCUGGCAGAUGAAGCUCUCAGUAUGGGUCUUGUUAAUCGAGUUGUACCAGUUGGCGAUGGUGUGAAAUCGGCUGUGGAACUGGCCAAUCAGAUUGCUUCGUUUCCUAGAGAGUGUAUGCUGGCUGAUCGUAAGUCCAGCAUGUAUGCAGCAUAUGAUGCUAAAUCAUGGCAGGAUGCUAUGCGGUUUGAACAUGAAAAUGGUAAUGUGGAAGCUUUUAGCUUUGAUGAACAAGUGGUGCAUAUACUGUAUUAUAAUGAGGCGAUAAUGAUGACGAUGAUGAUGCAGAGGAUGAAAACUGUUGCGGUAAAGAUGUUAUUUCAAGGGAAUCAGUUGAUGGUGCUAGAACGUUUGCAAAAGGUUCUGGGCGAAAAGGAUCCUUCUCAGAUUGGAAAUCAAAGCUUUGACAUUCAGGUUUACUACCAAACUUUUUUUACCUACGCCAAUGGAGGUUCAAUAUUCACCUCUCUCUAUCUGAUCAAUCAAUCAAUAAAUUUGAUUAUGUAGCAAGAUUAUGCAAACACUAUGGAAUUGAUCAUCAAUAAAACUUAGUGGAAUGGAACAUAAUAAUGUAAGAAAAGAGGUGAUUUAAUUUUUGGAAGAAAAAAUCAGAGGACAAGGUAAAGGUGACAGAAAUUCAAUUUUCUCAUUGUACUUACCCUCAAGCAUGAAAGGAAAUAAUGGAAUCACCCAUAAUCGACCUGUGUACUGUUCGAUAUUCAGGCACACGGUGGAUGUAUGCACUCUAUCGAGUGCUCUAGUGUAUUGUAUGAAAGAUUCAGCCUCUACAAAUAUCUUGUCAAUUCAACAAAGACAGGAACUUCUUCACUCCAAGGAUGUCAUAUCUGAAGUUGAUUUAUAGAUUUUGACCCAGGCCUAGAUGACUUUAAAGUGCAUAGGGAGUAGGCAUGGCCACCUUUUUUAAUAACAAUUACCAAUUUGUAUAUAAGGAACCAAACAGAAGAAUAUGAUGGAUUAAAGUCUAUAACAUAUGUUUAAAUAUAAAUGUAAAUUAAUUAAGUCAGGCUCAGGGGUAAACAAAAUUUUUAUAUGUUGUAGGACUGAUUUUUCUAGGUGGAAAAAAGUAUAUCAAGUUUUUCGUCAAAUAUGUUUUUUGCGUCAUAGAAAAAUCAGUUCUACAACAUAUCAAAAAUUGUUUCCCUCUGGUGCUGGACUUUUAAGAUAUACAGUAUUGCCGCCCAAAAAUUAAGAAAAAGUCUGAAAACUAAAUUAAAACAUUCGAAAGAAUCACUUA